AUGGAGCAGCCAGAGGCUGCCAAUGCCUCGCCCAGCCACCGUGGGUGGUACAACGCGAGGCCGUUGGAGCAACCAGAUGCGGUGGAAGCCGCAGCUCGACUUCACUUCGCAGGCUUGCACGCUGUGCUCGCGCGGCAUGGCCUCAACCUGGAGGACUACACCCGAGAUCCUUGCGCCCCGCACGGAUUCGUGCUGACAGAGCUCUUUGCAUUGGCAGAUGGAUCUGGCAAGAAAGACUCUGUGAUUCUGGGUCUUGUCUACGCUUUGCUGACAUUACCAUGGGAUCGGAGUUCAGUACCAGGAUACUUCGAUUACGUCAGCCUGAUGCGCAUGCUGGAUGACUCUGACAUUGCUGUCAGAGCUUUGGUCUCCGUGUCGUUUCGAUUUGGGGACCUGCUGCCGGAAUGCAGGCAGAGGCUUCAAAUGCUGUUUGCUGACAUGGCGGAGGCGCGGUGGCCCAAGGCGCAGGCGGUGCUUCUGGCGUUGCAGCGGGCGGCGAGCCCGGGAGACACAUCUUGGCCAGGAGCAGUCAGCCACAUCAGCAGCUUGCUGAAGUUUGUGCUGGCACAUCAUGCCGGGUGGCUGUCAACAGACCAAUCUGGUCUGGAACGGACCUUGCUGUGGACCCUUCGCUGGAUAUCGAUGACGGAACAGGACGAACACGCGGAGGUGCAGAAGUUGAUGCUGGAGGUGGCGGGCCUUUUGGCGCGAACCGCUAAGGGCCAGUUUGGCCGCAUCGAUGCAGCUCUGCACUGGGUGGUCACAUCGUGUGCAAUGAUCCGUCGGCUGGAUGCGGUGAGGCAGGAGCUUGCCAUGCCAGCAUCCACAAGCCUGGAGCUCGACAAGGACUCCUUGGCGCAUCUCCUCUCUCCCAAAGAGUGGCUGCAGCUGCACUGGCGAGAGGUCGGAGCAGAUGAUGUAUGUGACCAAGGCAAAGCCCGAGCAAGAGGUAGGCAUCUUGUCAGGAGCGGAUGCUUGGUUGGUUUCUCAAGCGGCACGUCGAAGGUCGUGGACCAGGCAGAGGAAGCAGCGGGAAUGGGUUUGGCCCUCUCCCAGCUGGAAGAAUGCCCUACGGGCACGCGCGUGCUCCUGGCACUCUAUGCCUCAUGCUGCGGGGCUCCCUGGGUGCUCGAAUCCCUUGGGCUUGACACGCGCACCACCACGAUGAACCUAUUUGCCUGCUGCUUUGUGAACGUCUUCAAGCGCAAGCAGCUUGCCCCACUUCUCCUGUCAGUGCUCCACAGACCCCUCUACAGCGGGUCGGAUGUGAUGCUAGCUCUGACCGAAGUGCAGACGUCCGCCGCUUGCCUCCCUGCUACUGAGCUUGAACUUGGCUCCUUGCGGUUCUGGUUUUGGCUUGUGGCGAACACCGCGGGCAGCAACGUCUUCUUCUUGCUUCUGAUGGCUGUGCUCCAGAAACAAGGUCGAUAUUCCGCCGGCCUUCGAAUGAACCACGGGCUCUGGAGCGUUGGGCUCUGUGCGUUAACUCGGCGCGCUCUGGACAUCCCUGACGUGCGAACGAGCCUGCUGGGUCUAGUCGAGGUCCCCUACAAGUGGUACCCUUUCUCUAUUGCGCUUGCGCUUUCGCUGUUCAGUGGCUCCAUACAGUGGGAGACCUUCUCAGCCGUCUCCUUUGCCUACCUCUGGCGCGCCCUGCGCCUCGACGGGAUCUUCCUUCCCUCGGCCAGCACUGCCGCGAAGCUGGAAGCGCGCGUCCCGGUGAGUCCACCGCAGGACGAGAUGCAGGCAGGAGAUGCCAAUGGCUUUCAGCUGUUCGGUGGGCAGGGGCACAGGCUGCAAGAUUGA